AUGCCGUUUAACACUGCCUUGACCCGCAAGCUGGGCAUCCGAGUGCCCAUCGUGCAGGGCGGCAUGCAGUGGGUAGGAUACGCCGAGCUGGCCUCGGCCGUUUCCAACGCAGGUGGUCUGGGACUGCUCACUGCUCUCACGCAACCUACUCCCGAAGACCUGCGCAAGGAGAUUCGACGAUGCCGCGAAAUGACCAAGUACCCCUUCGGUGUCAACCUGACCCUCCUUCCUGCUCUCGUGCCCCCGGACUACGGUGCUUACGCCCAGGUCAUUAUCGAUGAGGGGAUCAAGAUCGUUGAGACUGCUGGAAACAACCCGGGCCCCGUCAUCAAGCAGUUGAAGGCCGCCGGCAUCAUCAUUCUGCACAAGUGCACGACGGUGCGCCACGCCAAGUCUGCCGUGAAGCUGGGCGUUGACUUCCUGUCCAUCGAUGGAUUCGAGUGCGCCGGCCAUGUUGGCGAGCAUGACAUCACCAACUUCAUCCUGCUGAGCCGUGCGCGCCAGGAACUCAAGGUCCCAUUCAUUGCUUCGGGUGGGUUUGCUGAUGGUCAAGGCCUUGCUGCUGCUUUGGCUCUUGGUGCCGAGGGCAUCAACAUGGGUACCCGCUUCAUGAGCACUGUUGAGGCUCCGAUCCACCGGAAGAUCAAGGAGACUAUCGUUAACGCACAGGAGACUGACACCGCCCUCGUGUUGCGUCGGUGGAAGAACACCUCCCGCUUGUUUGCCAAUAAGGUCACGCAGGAUGCAUUGAAGAUUGAGCGUGAGAGCACCACCGGUGAUUUCAGUGAGAUUGGCCCGUACGUCAGUGGCAAGCGUGGUCGCCAGGUCUUCUUGAACGGCGACCCGGAUUAUGGUGUGUGGACUGCAGGCCAAGUCAUUGGAUUGAUUCAUGAUAUCCCCACUUGCGAUGAGCUGCUGAAGCGGAUCGAGAAGGAAGCUGUUGAGGCCAUGAACCGGACCCGGUCUCUGUACAGUGAUGCGCCUACCAGCAAGCUCUGA